CACAGAUCUUCGACUCUCCAUGUUAUUGAGGGGCGGCGGAGCGGAGUGCAGCGGUCGCUCUGCGGGAAUGGAGCUGCAGUAAGCGGGAUCCAGCACAGACUCCUCCGCGCCCCGGACACUCAGAAACACGCUGAUAAUGAGUCUGUGAGCGGUAAAGAUGUCUGCGGAGGAUGUGGAGCGGCUGUCCCGGGAGCUGGCGGAGACCACGCAGGAGAAGAUCCAGGCGGCGGAGUACGGGCUCGCGGUGCUGGAGGACAAACAGCGGCUCAAGCAGCAGUACGACGAGCUGGACGCCGAGUAUGAGAGCGUCCGCCGGGAGCUGGAGCAGCUCAGAGAGGCGUUCGGACAGGCUCAUUCCAACCACCGGAAGGUUGCGGCUGAUGGAGAAAGCCGUGAAGAGUCGCUCAUCCAGGAGUCUGCGUGUAAAGAAGCGUAUUACGAGCAGCGCGUGCAGGAGCUACAGACCGAACUCAGACAAACACGCAACAUCCUGACCAACGUCCAGUCGGAGAACGAACGGCUCGCUACCAUCACACUGGAGCUCAGAGAGAACAGUCAGAUGGUGGAGCUGCAGCGGUCUCGGCUGCGGGACGACAUCAAGGAGUUUAAGUUCAGAGAGUGUCGCCUGCUGCAGGACUACAGCGAGCUGGAGGAGGAGAACAUCACACUGCAGAAACACGUGUCUGUCCUCAAGCAGAGCCAGGUUGAGUUUGAGGGUCUGAAGCAUGAAAUCCGGCGUCUGGAGGAAGACACUCAGUUUCUGAACAGUCAGCUGGAGGACGCCAUCCGUCUGAAGGAGAUCGCCGAGAGACAGCUUGGAGAAGCUCUGGAGACCAUCAAGACUGAGAGAGAGCAGAAGGCGGCUCUGAGGAAGGAGCUGUCUCAGUACAUGAGCAUCAGUGACUCCAUGUACCACAGUCCUCUGAGCAUCUCUCUGGACGGCCUGAAGUUCAGCGACGACGCUUCCAUCGAGCCCAACAACGACGAGCCGCUGCACGUCUACGAGAACGGCUUCGAUAAAAUCACAGACAACAAUGACAACCGUGUCUCCACACCCAAGAAAAGCGAGCUCUUCCAGCCGUCCUCCAGUCUGGUGGACAACCUGCUGAACGAGCUGAACAUCUCCGAGAUCCAGAAGCUCAAACAGCAGCUGCUGCAGGUGGAGCGGGAGAAGGUGACUCUCCUGUCCACGCUGCAGGAGUCUCAGAAGCAGCUGGAGCAGGCCAACGGAGCUCUGUCUGAGGAACACGAGAAGGUCGGACGGCUCACUGAAAACCUCAACGCCAUCCGAAAACUCCAAGCCAAUAAAGAGCGCCAGUCCGCCCUCGAUAAUGAGAAGGAACGCGACAGCCAUGAGGACAUCGAAUACUACGAGGUGGACAUCAACGGCCCCGAGAUCCUCCAGUGCAAGUAUAAGGUCGCCGUUUCUGAAGCGAGUCAACUAAAGGAGGAGCUCAAAACACUCAAGGCGGAGCAUUCGGCCUGUCAGUCGCAGUAUCAGGAGGAGCGGGCGCAGCUGGAGAGCCAGGUCGCAUCUUUAAACGCACAGCUCACGUCUCUGGAGCGCAGCAGCCGGUCCGAGCGCGAGCAGCUAGCGCGGCUGGAGAAAGAGCUCCGACAGGCUAGCGAAGUGGCGGGAGAAUCCCAGGGCAGCCUUAACAUCGCGCAAGACGAGCUAGCCACCUUUAGCGAAGAACUAGCAAAUCUGUAUCACCACGUCUGCAUGUGUAACAACGAAACGCCCAACCGUAUCAUGCUGGAUUACUACCGCGAAGGUAAAGCUGGUGUUAACGGGACGCAGACCAACGGUUGGUGCAGUCCUGAUGGUCGCGGCCGGCGUUCUCCAAUCCUGCUAACCCGCGGGCUGUUUCCCACCGCUGAAUCCAGCGACGGCGCCUCAUCUCCCAUCUCCUCCAUCCCGUCCCCAGUGGCUGACCCACGCAAGGAGCCCAUGAACAUCUACAACCUGGUGGCCAUCAUCCGGGACCAGAUCCGGCACCUUCAGCUGGCCGUGGACCGCACCACGGAGCUGUCCCGCCAGCGCAUGGCCUCUCUGGAGCUGGGACUCGGGGCCGACCGCGAGCAGGAGGCCAGCGUGGAGGAAAUCCUCAAACUCAAAUCUCUGCUCAGCACCAAGAGGGAGCAGAUCGCCACGCUCAGAACCGUCCUGAAGGCAAACAAACAGACUGCUGAAGUGGCUCUGGCCAACCUGAAGAGCAAAUAUGAGAAUGAAAAGGCGAUGGUGACCGAAACCAUGAUGAAGCUUCGCAACGAACUCAAAGCACUGAAGGAGGACGCAGCCACGUUCUCUUCACUCAGAGCCAUGUUUGCUACACGUUGUGACGAAUACGUGACUCAACUGGACGAGAUGCAGAGACAGCUAGCAGCAGCGGAGGAUGAGAAGAAGACGCUUAACUCUCUGCUACGCAUGGCUAUCCAGCAGAAACUAGCGCUCACGCAGCGCCUGGAGGAUCUAGAGUUCGACCAUGAGCAAAUACGCCGGCCCGGAGCCAACGGGCGCUCCAGAAACACCGCGCCGCGCAUCAAAUCCAGCCAAACCCACUUACAUUCAGUCUGAAUCUGAUCUGGGAACUCCACGUUUCUGGACACUGGAUUGCCUUUACUUGUAAUCAUUGAAAACGCAAACAUUUUGUUAUAGUUACGUAUGCUUAUAUAAUGAGGAUAUUUAGGUUUUUAUGCACAUACGGGAAGCCAUUGGGUCACAAAGUCCUUCAAACCCGAGCUUGUAGUAAGACAAUGGGUUGAUGUUUUUUUUUUCGUCUAAACAUUGUCACGUUUUGAGGUUUUUGUAAUCAUUCCUAUUUUAAUAUAAGGUUAAACUGCUUUAUAUUAUGAUUAUUAUAUCAUUCUGUUGUUAGAGGUGUUCUGGUUUGUGAGUCGGUUCACGUUUUUACACUAAUAGUAUUGAAUAGUAUUCUUUACGUUGAUCACAUUAUCGUAACUUGCGCAAUUCAUAUCUACUGGUCAUCUUUAUGAAACGAUCCGUACGUGUUAUUCAUGUGUUCUACUGAAAUGUUUUUACGUUCGCUUUACUGCCAUCGCCGGCGUUCAGACGCUGAGCUUUUGUCUAUUUAUUAUUAUCAUUUUGUCUAUGUAAUACUGAAAGUUGAACGAAUAAAAAUAAUCAGACGUAAACCAGCAAAUUAAUAAAAAAAUAAGCGUAUUUAACACUGAAUUGAUUUUUAACGCCUUACAAUAAGGUCCAAAUAUCAGCAUUUAUGAAUCUAGGUUAGUUUCUUUUAUAUGCGAGUGUAUUAUUAUUGUGAAUUUUUUACAUUAGGGUUUCAUUUGUUAACAUGACUAAAUGCGUUAGCUAACAGGAACUAACAAGGAGCAAAAUAUUACGGUGUUUAAUUAUCUGUUAGCAAAAAUACAGUUCUUAAUUGUAUUAUUAGUAGUUGUUAAAAUUAGAUUAAUACUGUCGAAUUAUUGCUCAUCGUUAGUUGUCAAAUGUUAAUAAAUGAAACUUAAUUUCAAUGCUGGGUUCACACCGAAUGCCAAUUGUAGUGUUUGCGCAAUUAGAUUAUGUGAAUAUUAUUAGAUAGAUUAAUUAGAUAAUGUGAAAUGUGCGAUGCGUUUGCAGUAUCGUGCAAUUGCAUCUUCCAUGCAAGUUAAAAAACAUCCUAUGAGUAAUUUAGAGCAAUUUGGCGUUUGGUGUGACCACAGCAUAAAGUGUUACGUCACAUUCACACAGGGCGUCUGCAUUAACCCUUGGAGUGCGCGUGUUUGGUGUUUUACGUUGAAUUGAUUGUCAUGGUAACAACAGCUAAUCACAUCCAACUUCGACCGCAUCAAAAAAAAGGAACAUAAAAAAUAAUAGUAGUUGUUGUUGUGUUCAGAAAUGUAUUAUUUAUAUUUCUCAAGCAUGUUAGUAUGCUUUAUCAGUUUUUUUUGUUUUUUUUUGACGUACCAAUAUUCUCUGUUUUGCCGCAAACUUGAUUGGCUAGCGACUGCACUACACUAUUAUAUUUGCAUAUUAUCGAUCUGAAUGGCUGACGCAUGUUAGUGCGUAAAAAAAAAAACUUCGGAUGUUUUGUGUUGACGUGAUCGUCAUAGUAACAACAGCCAAUCAUAUCCAGCUUUGACUGCGUCACAAAAAAAGAACAUAAAAAUUAGCAGUAAUUGUUGUGUUCAGAAAUCGAUUAUUUAUAUUUCCUAAGCACGAUGGUAAGCUUUUCCUCCAUUUUUGUGACGUACGACUAUUCUCUGGUGUUUCGCAAACUUGAUUGGCUAGCGUCUUCACUAUUAUAUUUGGAUAUAUUGAUCUGAUUGGCAGACUUAUGUUAGUGCUUAAAAAUGUUCAACUACUGACGUUUUGCGUUGACGUGAUUUGUCAUAGUAAACUUUUUUUCAAUUUUUUUUUUGACAGAUGACUGAUCACUGGUGUUUUCGCGAACUUGAUUGGCUAGCGUCUUCUAUUAUAUUUGCAUUUGGCGAUCUGAUUGGCUGACGCAUGUUAGCGCUUAAAAAAUGUUCAACCUCUGACAUUUUUCGUUAACGUGAUCAUCAUAAUACGUUUUUCCUUCAUUUUUUUUUACGUACUGCUAUUCUCUAGUGUUGCGUUAACUUGAUUGGCUAGCAUCUUUACUAUUAUAUUUGCAUAUAACGAUCUGAUUGGCUGACACAUGUGUUAGUGCUUAAAAAAAAUUCAACUUCUGCCAUGACCAGUGGACCCAACGCAAAUCUGGUCAUAACUUAAGUAAAUAAGAAGUGUUAAUGUUGACACCCUGUGUGAAUGGCGCAUUAUCAAGCACAUUUUUUUUAACGUUGUAUAAAUAAACACUAGGUUAACGUGACGAAAUAUUGACGUUCUCGACAUGUUAACGAACUCUACCGCAUUGUAAGUGUUAGCCGUUUUUCUUUUCUUCAUUUCAAGCACCUUCGCUCGAGCUUUACGCGGAUCACUGACCUUCUGCAUUCUGUGCAAGCAAAAAUAAUUAAUUCCAAAUUGGAAUGCCGUCAUUCUCUCUCUCUAUUGUGCCAAGUGUCGGUACAAACGUUCGGUUGGUUCACGAAUCAGAAACGCUUCGUUCGAGGGUUCGCCCUGCUUUUCCGACCCUCCAUUCGGGUUCGUUUUUCGUUUGUGAUCUUCAUUCUGACCAUUAUAGUGCCUUUUUUUGUUGUCGUUCUGAUAACGAGAGAAUGAAUCCUUAGCUUAGCGUUUAGUUUUAGCAUUUUUUUCUGUUUCUCACUCCUUAAGGACGAAUAGCGGAUGAUGUUUCCGACUUAGCAGCAGCAAUAAGUACAGAAGACAUUCAUUCUGUUUUCAAGGGUGCGAAUCUUUAGAGAAAUAAAUCCCAUUGUGCUGAAUUCGUCAGGUCAGUGAUCCUAAUAGCAAAUUCAGGGGUUUUAGAACACGUUAUUUUUUUCGUCAAAAUGGUUUGGAAGGCAGAAUUGAUCAAGAAAAUGAACUGAGACACGAAACCGGUGUGUAUCUUAUGUUUUGUUUUUAGCGGUGUAGAAGAGCUGGUGUGAUAUUGAUAGUGUUGUUAAGAGUUGUGAGGGAGCUCGUGUCUUUUUAAAUGGUUUUGUUUUCUCUUUUUAUUUUCUACAUGGUUAUAUGAGCAUUACAACUUCAGGAAACAGAAAACGUGCUGCAUCAACAAGCCGACGCUGGCAUGAACGUCGCAUUGUGUUUGUUGAGGCGUAAAAAUUAUUAAAUGUGGUCGGCAAGAGAGGAAAAAACAAAAUGAAGUGCAAUUACAACCUGGAGUUGAGAUGGUAAAUGAGGUUUUCUGUUUGCUGGAAGUGAUGGCGUUGUGAUUAUUCAACUAGCUGUGGAAGCUUAUUAUCAGAGACUCUUAUUAUUAAUAUUAUUAUCAUUGUGUUCCAGUAUUGAUCUCUAAGGAUCUAUAAGUUUGAUACCUUUAUAUGAAACGAUGACACGCGUUUGUUUGUAUUGAUUUAAAUUGUGGUACUGAACUUUAUAAUGUGCAUUACUCCGUCAUAUGCAUGUUUCCGUCAGCUAUGAGACUUGUACACAGAACUGAAAACAAACUCAGAACUCCAAAGACUUGAAAAGGACAAAAAUGUUUAGUUUUGAAUGGAUUAGACCUUUUACACUUGAACUAACUCGAGUAUUGUUUUCUAGAGGUUUACCUGUCUGUGUAGGGGUAGUCAUGCUGGUUAAAGUCAGUAAAUACAAAAUAAAAGUCACUCAACGGUU